AAAAAAUCAAUAAUUCUGGCUGGGUGCAGUGGCUCAUGCCUAUAACCCCAGCACUUUUGGAGAUUGAGGCAGGUGGAUCGCUUGAGCCCAGGAGUUUGAGACAAGACUGGUCAAUGUGGUAAAAACCCAUCCCUACAAAAAAUACAAAAAUUAGUGAGGCAUGGUGGCUCAAGCCUGUAGUCCCAGCUACUCUGGAGUCUGCAGCAGGAGGACUGCUUGAGCCCAGGAGGCAGAGGUUGCAGUGAGCCGAAAAUAUGCCACUGCACUCCAGCCUGGGCAAUAGGGUGAGACCCUGUCUCAAAAAAAAAAAAAAAAAAAAAAAUCAAGAUCUCCACUUUUAUACUGAAUUCCGCAUCCCCCAAAAGAGGGAAGCACCAUGGGACUGGGCCACACAAUGCUUUCACAGUACACUCCGCUACUUCGUCAUUUCUCCAAGGGUUUAUACGGUGUCUUUGUGAUCUAAAUGCAAAGCAAAAUGCAUAGCCCCCUGUGUAAUAAACACUCACUGCAGACCACUGCUGUCAGCCACCUCCAGAACUGCACAGCCCCUGUGUAAUUAACACUCACUGUGAACCACUGCUGUCAGCCACCUCCAAAACUGCACAGCCCCUGUGUAAUUAACACUCACUGUGAACCACUGCUGUCGGCCACCUCCAAAACUGCACAUCCCGCUGUGUAAUUAACACUCACUGCAGACCACUGCUGUCAGCCACCUCCAAAACUGCACAUCCCCUUGUGUAAUUAACACUCACUGUGAACCCCAGAACUUUGGGAGGCCGAGGCGGGCAGAUCACAAGGUCAAGAGAUUGAGACCAUCCUGGCUAACACGGUGAAACCCUGUGUCUACUAAAAAUACAAAAAAAUUAGCCAGGUGCGGUGGCGGGCGCCUGUAGUCCCAGCUGAUGGGGAGGCUGAGGUAGGAGAAUGGCGUAAACCCGGGAGGCAGAGCUUGCGGUGAGCCGAGAUUGCGCCACUGCACUCCAGCCUGGGUGACAGAGUAAGACCAUGUCUCAAAAAAAAAAAAAAAAAAGUAUUAAGUGCCAAGAUGCAGCCAUGUGUUAGCUGUUGGUGGGGUUGAAGUGGCAGGUGGCAGGUGUACAAGGCAGAUUUUGAUCUGUGACAACCUACUCAGGUGGUGCUCUCAAGCUCUUUGGGCCUGUGGACAGAGAGGCUGAAAGGUCUGUGAAGUCCUGUGGGGAAGAGGCCCCAAGCCCUUCUCGCCCUAAGAGCUGGGUCUCAUGGUAAGCUGGCAAUAGGGUUGCAGCAGCCGAGGUCUCCGGGCCUGGAUGAAAGGUGGGGUCGCUCAGUGUAGGGCUUUCACACACACCCCUGGAACACAGAAGCCUUUCCAAGAGCCGGGGAGCCCCUGGAGAAUCACAGCAGGACUUCCACAUGGAUUCUGCCCUGGAAUUCCUGUAGAAGGUCCUUGGAUGAGGGCGCGCACCUAGCGUGUCCCCCUUGGCCACAGCUCCUUCUCCCACGUUGCUUCUCUUCCUUUAUUCACCCUGGUACCUGGCCUUGGUACCUGGGCUGUCCUCCUCAUCAAAGGGACAAUUCAAAACUCUGCAGUUGAUUUUAAGAAAGUAGGUGAAUUUACUGGCUGGGAAAGACUUAAUGUAGUUUUGCACUUUACGUUACUUCUAAUUCUUUGCUUCUGUCAAAAUUUAAAAAGGACCUAUUCAAGUGGUCAACUGACAGGUCAUUAAGUACACUUGGUGAUAAACUGUUAUGUUUUUUGCAUAUAAGUCAGAAGGAGCUAAAGAAAUUGAGCGUCGGCCGGGCGCGGUGGCUCACGCCUGUAAUCCCAACACUUUGGGAGGCCAAGGCGGGUGGAUCACGAGGUCAGGAGAUCAAGACCAUCCUGGCCAACAUGGUGAAACUCUUUCUCAACUAAAAAUACAAAAAUUAGCUGUGCGUGGUGGCGCGUGCCUGUAAUCCUAGCUACUCUGGAGGCUGAGGCAGGAGAAUCGCUUGAAUCAGGGAGCCGCAGGUUGCAAUGAGCCGAGAUCACACCACUGCAUUCCAACACUCCAGCCUGGUGACAGAGCGAGACUCCAUCUCAAAAAAUAAAAAUAAAAAUAAAUUCAGCGUCAUUGCUAAAGCAAAAUUCCUCCCAAUCCUAUCUAACAAUUUAGGUAAACAAGUUUCCUCAGUGCUAGCAGAAAAAUGGAAAAAGAAAAGCCAAAAUACGAAUAUAAUGUUUUUUUUGGGGGGGGGCAGGGGAAUGUAAUUAUUUCGAUUAUUUCGGACUGUGACUCAUUCUAGCAAUGAGUAAUGUCUACCAAGAAUCAAUGAGCCGGCGCGGUGGCGCGCGCCUCUGGUCCCAGCACUUUGGGAGGCUGAGACGGGAGGACCACCUGAGCCCGGGAGGUCGAGGCUGCAGUGAGCCGAGAUCGCGCCACUGCACUGCAACCUGAGCGACAGAGCGAGACCCUGUCUUAAAAAAACGAAAACCCGAAAACCAAAAAACCCCACAGCGCGCCGCUUCCCCACCUCUCCGGGGCGCAGAAAGAGUGAAGUUUGGCCCUCACGGUAUUUACUUCCCCUGGGUCCUCGCCUCCUGAGAAGCUGGUCUUGGGCUGCGGUCGGACCUCGCCGCGAGCUCCAGACCCGAGUUUCCGAGCCUGCGCUUCCCGGCCCGCAAUCGUCUCAACCGCGUAGCGAAGCCGCGCCUGCAGGACACCCCGGGACCCUCCGAGGGGGGUCUUAGUCCCCGCGCCCGGAAGUCCGCACCACCGAGAGGGGAGCCGAUCCCUGGUGCUCCUAGAGCGGCGCCGGAAGUUUCCCAGGCGGGGGCCUCUCGCGACUUCCGGUCGCGGCGGGCGGGCGGCUGUGCGGGCUUUGUCGGCGGGUCUGCGGGGCCCGCGCCCGCGGGGUCCAGUCAGCGGCUGCAGGGUCGGGCUCGCGCCGUCCUCUCCCCGCCCGCGCCGGGUGAGUGGCGCAUUCCGGACGGGGGCGGGCAACGCCUUAGCCGCAGCCCCGGCUGGCUCCAGAGCCCGGCGGCCUUGCCAGGGCACAGUUCGCCGAGAGGGCCGGGCGGGGUCCGCAGGCCGCGGCCCGCCCUGCUAGGGCGUCCAGGAGCGGGGCCUUGGCUAGCCAGUCUCCGGACGCAGCCACGGCCGCCCCGCGAGGCUGCAGCGUCUCUCCAGCGAGCCCGCCUCGGGCCCGAGCCUGGGGUCUUCUCCCUGAGGAGUGCCGUAUUCUAAUGUAGGAACUGGUGAGAAGAAGGUGACUGAAGCCUGGAUUUCUGAGGAUGAAAACUCACAUAGGACGACGUCAGACAAACUCACAGUGAUGGAGCUCCCCUCCCCCAAGUCUGAGGAAGUCCACGAGCCCAGAUUAGGGGAGCUCUUGGGAAAUCCAGAAGGUCAGAGCCUGGGGAGUUCCCCCUCUCGGGACAGGGGCUGCAAGCAGGUGACAGUGACCCAUUGGAAGAUCCAGACAGGAGAGACAGCUCAAGUGUGCACCAAGUCAGGAAGAAACCGUAUUUUGAACUCAGACCUUCUUCUGCUUCAGAGAGAGCUCAUAGAGGGGGAAGCCAAUCCUUGUGAUAUCUGUGACAAAACCUUCACUUUUAAUUCAGACCUAGUUAGGCAUCGGAUUUCGCAUGCUGGGGAGAAACCUUACACAUGCGAUCAUUGCGGGAAAGGCUUUGGCCAGAGCUCACACCUUAUGGAGCAUCAGAGAAUUCACACUGGAGAGAGACUCUAUGUCUGUAAUGUGUGUGGGAAAGACUUCAUUCACUAUGCAGGUCUCAUUGAGCAUCAGCGUGUUCAUUCGGGAGAAAAGCCCUUCAAAUGUGCGCAGUGUGGGAAGGCGUUUUGUCACAGUUCAGACCUGAUUAGGCACCAGAGAGUUCACACCAGAGAGAGACCUUUUGAAUGCAAAGAGUGUGGGAAAGGCUUCAGUCAGAGCUCCUUACUUAUUCGUCAUCAGAGGAUUCACACGGGAGAAAGGCCCUAUGAGUGCAAUGAAUGUGGGAAAUCCUUCAUAAGGAGCUCGAGCCUCAUUCGCCAUUAUCAGAUCCACACAGAAGUGAAACAGUAUGAAUGCAAAGAAUGUGGGAAGGCAUUCCGUCAUCGCUCAGACCUUAUUGAGCACCAGAGAAUUCACACCGGAGAGAGACCCUUUGAAUGCAAUGAGUGUGGGAAAGCCUUUAUUCGGAGUUCAAAGCUCAUUCAGCAUCAGAGGAUCCAUACUGGGGAGAGGCCUUACGUAUGCAAUGAGUGUGGGAAGCGCUUCAGCCAGACGUCAAACUUCACCCAGCAUCAGAGAAUUCACACUGGAGAGAAACUCUAUGAAUGUAAUGAGUGUGGGAAAGCUUUCUUUCUGAGUUCGUACCUUAUUCGACACCAGAAAAUCCACACUGGAGAGAGAGUGUACGAAUGUAAGGAAUGUGGGAAAGCGUUUCUCCAGAAAGCCCAUCUCACUGAGCACCAGAAGAUCCACUCUGGGGACAGGCCCUUCGAAUGUAAAGACUGUGGGAAAGCCUUCAUCCAGAGCUCCAAGCUGCUUCUGCACCAGAUUAUUCACACUGGAGAAAAGCCCUAUGUGUGCAGUUAUUGUGGGAAAGGCUUUAUUCAGAGGUCAAACUUCCUUCAACACCAGAAAAUUCAUACUGAAGAGAAGCUCUAUGAACGUAGUCAGUAUGGGAGAGAUUUUAACUCAACUACAAACUUUAAAAAUAAUCAAAAUGUUCACCAAGAGGGACUCUCCCUGAGUAAGGCCCCCAUACAUUUGAGUGAGAGGUCUGUAGAUAAGGGGGAACACACAGAUAACUUAUAAAAUAAUUAUUCUCCCGCUCAAUGGGUGAUGUUUGGAAAUGCGUGGAAUUAGGAUUCAUGUGGUUUCUAAGAUUUGGACAUGUCAGAAUUUUGUGAGUCAUGGAUGGGGCUGCUUUUGGAGUGGGUGCCACCUGCCACUGUGCAGCACUACUAGGCUCAGCCCUUCUCCUCAGCUGUGAGCACUGUCCUCAGGAGAGUCACAGGGCUUGACACCUGACUCUGAGCUGGAACAGUAGGGGCAGGGAGAAGACAGGUCUGAAGAAAAGGUUUUUAAAAAAUUUUAUCCCCAGUUAAACAGUCCAUCCUUGAGUUAAAUCCCUUUUAGAGCAGAACUGUGUAUCUAAUCUUAUUACUUAGGAGAAUGUUAACUAGGAAAUUUUGAUCUGUUAAGUUGAAGAAAGGUAACUCUAUACAAACCCCGAGCCAUUUCCCUGUUGUCCUGAGGAGGAACUCCAGGCCUCCCAUCGUGUGCCCUAAGGCCUCCUGAGUCCUGGAGCGUUGCCUCCCACUGCCUGACUUCCUGCCACAACAGUUAAUGCUGCAGCAACACCGACUGCUUCAUCUUCCCUGUGCUCCACGCGGCUUCCUACCUCUCUCGCCUUUGUUCUUGUUGAAGGGUCUCUUCUCAGCUAAUUAACUCUGAAUCAUGGUUCAAGACAUGCUUCAGGCAUCAUGUCAAGGAUGUUUUCCCUCAGGCUUAGUUGGCAGUGCUCUGCACACUUCUGUGGCUCAGUGAUUACUGCUAUUACUGUUAUUUACUUGCAUAUGUCAGAAUGACUUGAUAGACUAUCUCUGUCAUUAUGCUCUUGAGUUCCUGAGGACAGUGAUCAUAUCUGAUUGAUUUCCAUGUGUCCACUGUCUAGCACAGGGCAAUAAAAAGUACACCCCUAAA